GAAAAAACAUCAAACCCCUCAAAAGCCUUUACCUCCGUACAACUAUUUCCCAACUCCCUAACUCUCCUUAACGGUCGUAUUUCUCCGACAAGUGGACAACGGUCACAUUUUCAACCAUUCUCCACCGUCCGAUCUUUCAUCCAACGGCCACCGAUUGAAGUUUCCCAAGAACUCCGUCUUUGACAGUCUCUUCCCCCAUACCCCAUCAUUUUUUUUUCGGGUUCCUAAUUUUAUUUUAUUUUUUUAAUCCUGAUGUCCAGGUAAAAAAAAUUUCAUUGUCUAUUGUGAUCGAAGAAGUUGGGGGAAACUGGGAAGUCUUGGUAUAUAUAAAAACUCUGUUCUGUAAUAGUGAGUGAACUUUUUUGGGUUUUGUGGGGUUUUUGGAGGUGACAGUUCUUUUUGUUGAAUAUUAUCUGGACGAUGAUUAUUACUUCCAUCCGUGCAUGUUUGAAGGUUUUCUGAAUGUGGGUUUUUCUGGGUUUUUUGGGGGAGGGUGGGAUUUUAUUAGUUUGAUCUCUCUCAAUUGAAGCAAAUGGCAUGUUUGAAGUUUUUGUCAAAUGGUGUUUUCAGCUGCUUAUUAUCUGUUCAAGGAUGUGGUGUUUGCUGUUUCUGUACUGAACUGAGUUUUAAUCAGCUAAGAAAGUACGCUUCUUUGGUAUGAAUUUUGUUUAGAUUUUCGGGAAUCCGAUGAUUAUUUGUAUUCUUUUGUUGUAGGUAUUAAUUGAUUGAUUGAUUCAUAUUUGUCUCUCAUUCUUUGAUUCUUUAUGUUGUUGUGAUCUAAUUUUUUUUUUUUUUUUUUGCUAAUCCACAUUCUUUCCUGCACAUAAUCUUAUACAUAUAUUCAUUCAUUCAUCAUAUAGGACACACAAUCACAUAUUCUUCCCCCAGAGGAUUUUUUUUUUUUUCACAUUGAUCUUCAAUCGUUUUGGCAUCGGAUUCCUAUUUUUGUUUGUUCUUUGAUUUCUUAAAAACAAAAAAGAAUUCACACACACUCACAUUGUAGGCCUAACAGCAUUCUGUUUCUCUUGACUUCUCCCUUUUGUUUUAUAAAAAGAAAAUUGAUUGCCACAUACCAAUUCUUUUGUACAUUUGAUUCUUUGAAAUUCUUUCAAAAUAAUUUUCGAGUGUGGGGAUACAGAGAGAAACACAGUGAGAGUGAAUGAAUUAAAAGGGGUGGGUGAAUUUUUUUGGAAGCUGGAAGAAACAGAAAUCAAAAGGAAGACAUUGGAAGAAGAAGCAGCAGCUGCGGUCCUGAAGAAUGUUGGCAGGGUGCUCAUCAUCAUCCACAUUGUUGUCGCCAAGGCAUAGAUUAAGGAGUGAAUCAGCAUCCCAAUUCCAAGCUUGUCAUUUCCCGUCAAUGAGCACACAGCGAUUGGAUUUACCAUGUAGUUUCACGCGUAAAGAUAAUACUCAAACACGGUCCCAACCAUCUAUUAGGCCUGUUGGUCUUUCUCUCGAGAAGCCGGUUGAUGCCAAGACCAAUUCCCUUAAGCAGACUGUUCGUUUACCACCCAUUUCUGUGAACAACAGGGAUGAUUUCUGGGAGAAAAACAAGAGCUUGAAGAAGAGGUUUGCAGAGCCGUUUGGUGAUGAAGAAGAAGAUGAGAUUUGCAUGAACAGAGCUAAGAGGAAAAGGAGGAAUAAUGCCAGUUCGGAUGAUUUCCCGGAGGAGGAGUUUGUGGAGGAGAAGAAGCUGAGUUUAGGCCAUCUGGUUGGAAGUGGAAGCUUUUGGCUGCAACAACCGCCGUUUGAUGUGGUGGUUCCUCGCUCUGUUCCUCCACUAAUAACAGGAUCCCAGGUUCCUUUCAGUCUUUCUUGUUCAGGGGAGGAAGAAAGUAGUGUUUGUUUUGUUCCCCGUGAUGUGAUCUGUCAGCCAUCGCCACUGUCAAAUAAUCCUUGUUGGGUGGAUUCUGUUGUGAGUCAGGUUACUAAUUUGGGUGGUGAUCAUAAGAACGUGGAGAGUGGUCAAGGUCAGGGGAAAGAGGCUUCUGUAUCAAGCACUUCAUCCGGGAGUCAUGGUUUGGUUCUCAGGUUGAGUGAGAAUCCAUCAGAGCAGCUGCAUCGCACUGGAAACGGUUCCGGGAGGCCUAAUCCGACGGAGGGCGCGGAGGUUGUUGUUCCGGGGCACAUUGAUGAUGAUGACAAUCAGAGGGAGCAGGAAGGUUUUGAGUUGGUCAGCUUAUUAGUAGGUUGUGCAGAAGCAAUCACGUCGAAGAACAUUCCGGCGAUUAAUCAUUUUAUUGCCAGGUUAGGAGAGCUUGCAUCUCCAGGUGGAUCUUCUCCGAUGAGCCGCCUCACUGCUUACUUUACUGAGGCUUUAUCCCUAAGAGUUGCGAGGAUCUGGCCUCAUAUAUUUCACAUUUUACCGCCUCGGGAACUUGAUCGCGUUGACGAUGAUGGCGGUACUUCAUUGAGGCUUUUGAACCAGGUCAGCCCGAUUCCAAGGUUCAUACAUUUCACCUCUAAUGAGAUGGUGUUGAGAGCUUUUGAAGGGAAGGACAGGGUUCACAUCAUAGAUUUUGAUAUUAAGCAAGGGCUUCAAUGGCCUAGCCUGUUUCAGAGUUUGGCUUCUAGGAGUAAUCCUCCUACCCAUGUCAGAAUUACGGGUAUAGGCGAAUCGAAGCAGGAGCUGAUUGAGACGGGUGACAGGCUAGCCGGAUUCGCUGAGGCGUUGAAUCUACCUUUCGAGUUCCAUCCGGUUGUCGAUAGAUUGGAAGAUGUUAGGCUGUGGAUGCUUCAUGUAAAGGAGAAAGAGAGUGUGGCUGUGAACUGCAUUUCUGUUUUGCACAAGAUGCUUUACGACAGCACAGGAGGCGCGCUGAGGGAUUUUCUAGGGCUAAUUCGGAGCACAAACCCGACAAUCGUUCUUGUGGCCGAGCAAGAAGCUGAUCACAAUGAGCCAGUCUUUGAAACUAGGCUCUCCAAUGCAUUGCAGUAUUAUUCUGCCAUUUUCGACUCACUAGACGCGAGCAACGCGCCUGAUAGCCCGAUCAGGAGGAAGAUUGAGGAAAUGUUCGCUCGCGAGAUCAGGAAUAUCGUCGCCUGUGAAGGAGUAGAAAGGCAGGACAGACAUCAGAGCUUCAGGAAGUGGCGAAGGGCGAUGGAAGGGGGCGGUUUUCGGUGCAUCAAGGCCAGAGAAAGGGAGUUACUUCAGAGCCAAAUGCUGUUGAAGAUGUACGGCACUGAGAGUUACAAGGUGGAGAAGCAAGGGGAAGAUGGAUGUGCACUUACUUUGAGUUGGUUGGAUCAAGCUCUUUACACAAUUUCAGGAUGGGAGUUGGUUGAUGUUGCAGGAAGCUCAUCAUCUUAUACUCAAGCGGGUUGAGAUUCUUCUUCUACUACUAAGUCAUCAUUAUAUAUACUGUCAACAAUAUUAACUUCAUUUGUCACAUACUACACAGGAAGGGAUAGCCAGAUUCUUUGUAGGUAGAGAAGUUUUUUUCAUCAUUAUAUUCUUUCAUUCUUUAUUGCAGAUAAGAAAUUAAUGUAAUUCUGCUUGGGAAAGAACCAUUUUUUCUUUUGUUAUGACACAUACAAGGUCGUACAGCUCUGUUUUCUGGGCAGAUUGAUUUCUAGAGCCAUAUUUAUAGAGUUUUUAGUAUCACAUUGUUGAUUCUUUUUGUUGUUGUAACUUGUAAAGUAAAGCUGGAAUUCUUAAUCAAUACUGUAGUAGUAAUCCAGCCAUUUCUUCUUUCUUUUACAAUUUGAUGUAAGAAGAGUUGUUGAUGCUGAAACACGACAUAAAUAAAAUGAUUUUGGUG